GUGAGUUCUGGUUUUCCAGCUUCAGGAAUUUCAAUUCCACUAUCCCUGUUGAUAUUAUCAGGUUGAAGUCUUUUGUGGAUAGCUUCCUUGACUCUUCUGGUGUAACAAUCAAAAUUCAAUCCUUUCUUUGAGGUAUUUGAAAAACAAGCAGUAGAAUCUGCAACACAGAAACCCAAGAUCUAGAACCACUACAUUGAUGACACCUUCACCAUCCUGGAUUGCAGUUAUGUUGACUGUUUCUUACAGUAUCUAAACAGUCAACAACCUACCAUCCAAGUCACCUUGAAAACUGAGAAAGACAACAAGAUCACCUUUCUCUAUAUGUCAGUUAUGAGGAAACCAGACAGAUGCCUGACCACCAGUGUCCACAAAAAAUUCACUCACACUUUUCAGUACUUAGCAUAUGAUUCACACCAUCCUCAAUCAGUAAAGCGCAGUAUUGUUAAGUGUUUGUUUGACCAGGGGAAGCAUCUCAUGACAAAACCAUCAAUCAUCUCUAGGAAUCAGUUCUUGUUUCCAAUGGUUAUCCCUCUUCCUUUGUACAGAAGGUUACGAAGACAAGAAACUCCUCCUCAAGCAGAGACCCUGUGAUGCUGUUCAAGUUUACAGUGGUUUUGCCCUUUGUAAAAGGUGUAUCAGAGCCUUUUUGCCCUUGCCUGCAGCAACAAGGCAUCUGUGCAGUAUUCAAAUCUGACAUUACACUUAGAUCACAUUUGGUACAGCCAAAGGACACUGUCAAUCUAGCUAGACAGGACAGCAUGUUUUACAGAAUUCCCUGUGAGUGCAGUAAAAUCUAUGUUGGUGAAACAGGAAGACCUAUGCAAGAGAGGAUGAAAAAACAUGAGAGGGAUAUACUUUUAGCCUGUACCCAGACCUCUACCAUUUGUGAGCAUGCCAUCAAGAAUGGCCACCAUCCACUUUGGAACAAAGUGAAAUUUAUUGAUCGAGACUCACACUGGUACACCACAAGGAAGCUAUCCACGCAAGACUUUACCUCAAUAACAGUAACAAGGACAACGGAAUUGAAAUUCCUGAAGCGUGGAUACCAACAAUCAAGGAACACGGCAGGAGACUGGUACCACAGCAAACCACCAAGAAAACAACUUGGAGUCAGAUCUCUCAGAAAACCAGAACUCACUGGAACAAUGGGGAUCAAAAUUCACCAAUUGCAUCAUAUUGUCAUGAUACAAAUGGUAACACAUGAGCAGUCAACCCCAUUGCCUGAUGAAGACUAGCAAUAAGCAGUCAAAAUGUUAUGAUUUACAUCUCAAGUGACUACAUUGUGAGACAAACGAUUAAACAGCUUAUUAUCAUUGGCA